GACUGAUCCAGAAGAAAUUGGUCCAACACGUUCCAGAUUCCAGUCCAAGAAGACUAGGUCCUGGCGGCAAAUGUCGGCUUGAAUCAACAAGAACCUCACAAGUGUACAAGUAGAUAAGUACCCUCAUAUUGUUGAAUGUCGCAUGAAUUAUUAUUGUUUGGUCGUUCUCUCACCAAAUGUWAUUUGAUUUAAACACUYUCUCACACGCUCAMUCGCAGAGACUCKCAAGCAGUUCUCUCAAGCAUAUAAUUGCUCUCUCAUACGCUCACUCGCAGAGACUCGUAAGCAGUUCUCUCAAGCAUAUAAUUGCUCUCUCACACGCUCAAUCGGAGAGACUCGCAAGCAGUUCUCUCAAGCAUAUAAUUGCACUCUCAUAAGCAUGCAUUCAGUUAAUUUCUCCUCACACGGCAAAGUCCAUAAUUCUUUUAAAACCCAUAAAUUCAACCUUUCUACGCCACAAACUAUAAACAUGACAUGUUUAUUUUGCAAGAAAAGUGGUCACAAGAUCUACCAGUGUUUGUCUUUUAACGCCCUCAAUCAACAAGAAACGAUAAAUUUCGUUAAGCAUAACAGGCUGUGCUUUAAUUGCUUAGGUUCUCAGCAUACGGUUAAUGACUGUCGUUCUCAAGGGUGUUGCAUAAUCUGUAAGGAAAGACACCACACUUUAUUGCAUUUUGAAGGAUCUAAUUCCAAUCAGGAAAACUCCCGCCAUAUGGCACGCAAAACCCCUUUGUCGUAUGGAGGACGAAAUAUGUCAAUGCUCAAUAAAUUACCACCAUGUAGUAGUGUAGGAUCGAAUUCAAACUCACAGAAUAACGCGGGUCAAGAAAGUUAUAUCCCAAAUAACUCACCGACUCCAAUCAUUACACAUCCUGAAAACAAUACCUUUCACUGCGCUUCAUUGUCUAAGACAACUCUCAGUACUCAAGUGAAAAGUAAUGAAGUUCUGUUGGCAACCGCGAUGGUAAAAUUAUUCACAAUUGAAAAUAAACCAAUUUAUGCGCGAGUCAUACUAGAUUCGUGCAGCACUACCUCUCUAGUUACCAAGGAUUUGGUAAGGCGACUUGGCAUUCGGACUAAAUGUAGUGAUAUGGAAUUAAAUUGUGUGCAAGGAACAGCAAUUUACUCUGGGGCAGUUGCAAGUUUGCAGAUUCAUUCAGCAAUAAAGAAGAAUUGCUCAUUUCGUGUUUCGUGUUGUGUUCUUGAUAAAAUAACCAAGCAAAUUCCCUCUUUCAAAUUAAAUAGAGAGACAAUCCCGAUUUUUGACAAUGUUAAACUUGCAGAUCCCGAUUUUUAUAUCCCCUCUAAUAUUGAUAUUCUGCUCGGGGCAGAUGUUUACUACGGUAUAGUUUUUGGCACUCCUGCUCGAAUUCCAGAAAACUCGUUGUAUUUAAUCAAUACUCACUUUGGCCACAUAAUAAGUGGCCCCAUUUCUUCACAGUCAUUAAUUAGCAACCCACAGUGUGGUAAAGAUAAUAUCAAUUCGGCUACUUGUUUCUUCACACAAAGCUCUCAAUUGAAUGAAGCAAUCGAAAGAUUCUGGA